AUGCCCAUUUCCCAAAGUGAGCCCAUGUCAGAGAAUUGGAUGGAUAGACAGGCCGGGAUCACUUUGGGGAAUGGGCAGUUGAGACUGAAGAUUCACAACUGGAGGACCCCUACCCUGACAUUUGCCAUAGAGAAUAACCCCAAUGGUAACCUCAAGUGCGACCUUGAGGCCGGCAUUGAAAACUCCGAGAUCAUCCGCGUUGACUUCAGGAUCCCCAUCAAUUACCCAGACGGCAUGAUGGGGAUUAUGGGCUCGAUCGAGGCACUAUUCGAGUGCCCCAAAAGGAUUGCCAUGAGCAAUAUCGAGACUGGUCCUGCACCGGCUCUUCGAGAGUCAAAGAACAUGGAAAGACAUAGUUACCAUAUCAAAUGGACAACUCCAUGGGAGACAUCCAGCUGCCAAGUAAGUUGGAUGAAAGCGAAAGAGAAAUUGCCCACCAUGAAGUUCAAGUUCGUGAGUGGUAGGAUCAGAAGACCUGUAGAGCAGAUGAUCGUCACCGUUGAUGAGCGUGACAAGUUUUAUCAAAAGAUCUCUAAGAAAGACCCUAACACUUACGGCAAAUGGAUGGCAUAUCCGGUCCAGAUUUGGCUGCGCAUUCAAUGGCUGAUGUCAAGGACAAAAGACAUAGACAAAAAACUGUUUGACAAGUUGCUUGUCGAUGAAACUUCCCGUUUCUCCAUUCAGAAGAAGAUCAAAGGGAAUAAGGCAUCAAAGAAAUCCCCAAAGAGGGUCCCCGAGCAUUCCACAGUCGAAGAAGAGAACUCUGAGGAAGAAAAGCCAGAUGCGUCAGUUAUGUCACAUCCAGAACAGUCAUUGCUAGGGCGAGAACAUACGAUAGAGACAAUGGGAAGUCAAAAGUCGACCCAGAAACAGGCCCCUUAUGAAGAGGCAACCCAGGAAGAAGCGACCCAACAUAAGUUGAGCCAUGAGUUGAACCAGUAUGAGUUGACUGAACAAGAGUCAGCACAGCAUGGGGCGACCCAGAAAGAGUUGACCAAGAAGGUCUCUGCACUCACGAUUGAUACUCAAAAGAGCAACAAGAGGUACAAGGGCAAGUGUAAGGGAAAGGGAAAGGGAAAGUGCACGCCUGGUUUGUCUAGCUCCAACACAGGAAAGAGGGAUGUAGGAAAGAAGAAUGUAGGCCGCAUCACAGACCGUAUUACAGAGCAACGUGGUAGCGACCAGCACGGCAGCGACCAGCGUGGCGACCUACUUCCGGGAGUGCAUGGCAUCGCUCUACAGGAAGUCCCGAUUAAGCAGCAACUUGCGGCAGUUGCUGGCCAACAAACACAAACAAUAAGCGAUCCCGCGUUCCCUACUACGCCCAAUGACUUGACUGCCCCAUUGUCUCCAUCAUUCGAGACAGCUCGAACCCACCUCUCCCCUCGUACUUACCUCCCCUCAUCCACAAUGUCAUCUUUCUGCACACCUACGAGCGCCUUGUGGAGAAUAGAUGAGGAUGAUGGCGAAGAGUCGGUGGAAGCGGAAGAGAACGAGCCAGCAGCGACUUCAGAUGAGCUAUUCUUGACUCCACAGGGAGGUGAGGCUGGGCUUCGGUGCCCUGUCUCGAACAACAGGGACAAGGUAUGGUUUUCUGACCCUGAAGAGUACCAUGGCGACCACGAGGCGCAGGAGCCGGUCUUGCAUCGAAGUGAGUCUUUUAGUGUGGCCAGUCUAGGGCUCUACAGGGGCCAGGAAAUGACAUCCUCGUCCCAAACGACCGACCCUCCAUUGACCCCCCGUGCCUCGUCUGCCCUGUCUACCACAGACUCGGCUGAGUUUGGGAUAGAUGAUCCCAGUUCAGAUGGCGCCAUCCAGCCAUAUGACCAAACUUCAGCUGAGUCUAGCCGACCCGGCAAGAGGAUUGUCUACAAAAAGAAGAAGCAAGGUAAACGGAAGCUUCGGGAAUUGAUGAAGCGUCAGCAAGCUCGCGAUGCGGACGUCGAGCUCCCCGUCUCUCCUGCUUCUUCUCAGACCAAUGGAAUGGAAGGUCAUUCUCCGUCUCCACCCGAGUUGUCUGAGGAUAAUGAACUGACUCCCACAGUCAAGCAGUUCGGCAACACCGUGGCCCCACCCCCUGGAUUACUGUUAGACUUGCGCACGCUCGGCGUUACUUGCCAUGAGCCAUUCUGCGAAGCCCUCUGUUGUCUGGGGGUUGGGGUCUCCGUUGUUUGCCCUAAGUGCGGACCGUUUUCCUUGGUCCGCUACUGCGGCAAGGACCACCUGUGGGAGGAUGCCAAGAGACACUGGGUAGUUUGUACGCAGCUCCCGGUCCUGGAACAGUGCUUGGCCAGUUCGAUCUCUCACGACCUUCUCGUGGGUCCACCAAUGCUUCCCAACCUUCAUCAGUGGGACAAACCUGAGCGCCAUCGUCAGGCGCUGUGGUUCAGUUCUGCCCGCGACCGAGGUGACUACUUCGUGUUCGCGGAGUGGGACGACCUGGUGAAGGUUGAGGACGAUCCAGCCAGUCAUCUGCAGCUGCGAUGUUCACCUCGAAUCGCACAUAUUGUGCGGUUCGAGGACGCCGAAGAGAAGGACCGGUUCCGCCGGUGCCUUGCAAUUUGUCUCUUCGCGGCGAUUGAACAUCCAGCCCUAGUGGACUUUCUUUACCGGCUUGUACGGGACUGGAUGCGGGCUCACAAUAUGUGGGCCAGUGACAAGGACAUGGACAGCAUGCUGCGUUACCAGAUGGGACUCGAGAUGGGUGGCGCCAUCGAUCAGAGCCGUCUUGGUUUGCGGCAUGCUUGUGAGACGGAGUGGAUCGGUGCCGACCGACGCCACUGCGGGAAUCUGAUCUGCGCGAGCGAGCGUCGCCCAACGUUGCUCGGUAACCACGACAUGGGUUUGGGCUUCCGGAAAGUGUGCGAAUCCCUCGAAUCCAAGUAUUGGAUUCUGAGGGCGCACCGAGCCACCCAUCCAUCGGUGAGCGACGUGGUGGCUCGCACGCGUGGCGGAGGAUUCCCGGGGGUCCUGUCCGAGGACCGGCGGACAUUCCACCGUGGUAUCGGUUGGGACGGGGUGGGAGCGGGCCCCAUGGAGCUGGAGAUGCCGGGGUCAGGGUAG